UCCCCCGUGCAAUCCCGUGGGCAGCUCCUGCCGCAAACGUGUUUCCCAUUUUGUUCAUCCGUUCCUUCACCCCUCGCGAAUCCCGAGAGAAGGCCCGAGCCUCGCGCACGUGAGGCCGACCGACACACACACAUAUGUGUACAGCUAUAUGUAGCGCUUUAAUGUGACCCUCCACAGCAGACAAAAUAAGUACAUCCCCCCCCACUCAUAAUCGUUAUGAAUGUAACAAGCAUCAUUAAUCGCGAAAAAAGAAAAAGACAGGAGGAAACAAGUCAUGUUAUUAAGAAAAAAUUCAAACACUGGAAUAUGUUAAAUUCUUUGGAAGGCAAUACUCAAAAUGGAAUUGCGUCCUCUUCGUUCUGUACGGAGAAGGUACAUACGAGUGAGUACACACAGGAGGGGGUACCCAACAUAACGAGUAGCCACUGUGCAAAGUAUGGCGAGCGGAUCGACGUAGACAAAGCCACGUCCAAUGGAGUGUGCGCCUACACGCAGGGUGGCAGUGCCGUUGUUCCUCUUUGUAAUAAUCGCGAGUUUAGUUGGGCCCACCCGAACGAGCCCCAGUUUUAUUUGGACGUCGCUGCGGGAGGCGGACAGGAAGAUUACCCCGAGCAUGAGGAAUGGGAAAAGCAGGGCGGGGGAAAUGGCCUGGAGGGAAACGGGAUGCAUAAACUGAAGAGGACUAGAGGGGAAAAGCCCACGGGAGGAGAGAUCAAAGGAAAUGAGAAAAAAAAAAAGAAGAAGAAAAAGAAAAAAAGGGAAAAUGGAGUGGGUCAUAGCGAUAGUGAUAGCGGCGGUAGCGACGGUAGCGGCGACGACGGCAGUCGCAGCAGGGGGUAUCGGAACCACCGGAGCAGCCAGAGCAGCUGCUAUUGCAGCCCGCCCAGCAGCAGUUGUAGCAGCAGCUGCUGCGGCGGCCGAAGCAGCGACUUCAGCGAGAGCCGCGGCAGCUACGCCAGCUCAAGCCGCGCCCCAAACCGAGGCAAACACCACAAGCGCAGAAAGGCCAGCGAGGGAAAUCACAACCCGAGCACCAGCGACUCCAUAUGGGAAGGACUCCUAAAGAAAGACGUCAUCCUCCUCCUAAUUCAGGCCAUAAAAAACAUGGGUUAUAAAAAAUCAGCCAAACAUUUAGAAUUAGAAAGUGGCAUAGAAUUAGAGCAACCAUUAGUAAAGGAAAUGCAUAAAAAUGUCCUCGCGGGGAAAUGGAAAAGUGCAAUCCGUAAUUUGAAAAGCAUACGUGUGCAUAAAAAAAUCGUCAAAGCAAUUUCCUUCCUACUGUAUGAGCAAUGUUUUAUAGAAUAUCUAUAUGAAGGGAAGCACUUUGCUGCUCUGAGGUGUUUAAGAAACCGACUAGCCAAAUUCUGCUUCGAUGAGGAUACCUAUAACAGAUUACACGAGUGUACCACUUUUUUUAUGUCCCUGAAUAGUACCCACUUGACAAAGAAGAGACAAAAAAAUUACCAAAUGAAAAUCAAAAAUUCGCGUAAAUUACUGUUUGAAAAAAUGAAUCGCUUGUUACCUGAACAUGUUAUUCUUCCCCCGAGGAGACUAGCCAUUUUGCUGCACCAGUCGCUCAAGUACCAGGUGGACAACUGCCUUUUCCAUAACAACUUCUCCGAGGCGAAACUCAUAAGCGCGCUCUUGCAGGGGAAGAAGGGGCGGGGGGAGCUCGACGCCUCCAUCGAGCAUAGUGCCGCCAUCGGGGCGGGUGCCGCAAUCGAGGAGAAGACGCCGCGAGUUAAAGCAGCCACCCCCUACAACGCAGCGUGCCAAGCCAAGACACUUGAAUUUAAGAAGCAGAAAAAAUUGGGUGGCGAUGACCAAGUGGACCGUGCCACCAACUCAUGCUUCAGUAAAAAAAAGAAUUCCAAACAGGAGGACGAAAUGAACCUUUGUGUGAGCGACUUCUCUAGGUACCACCAGCACGUGGGGGGGGAGUCCUCCCUGUACUACCACAAGGCGAAUCCCAAUCCGAAGAGUGGCCGUGCAGACUUAGAAGGGUCGGACGCCUACGUCAGGCUAGACCACGCGGGCGCGGACGGGGGCCUUCCCUGCGAGUUCGCCUCCAGCGAGACGCUGCUGAAUGAGGCGCCGCUAAACGAGGCGCCGCUGAACGAAACGCUGCUAAACGAGUCGCCGCUAAACGAGCCGCCCGAUAAGCCUGCCAACUACAUGGGCGCGACUACCCUCCUGUGGGACGACGAACUGGAGGGGGAGAACCACUUCAACGUGACCGGUGGCCAGCCUGUGAGGAAAAACACCAAGCUGAAGAGCGCGAUGCAGCCGGGGGAGCAGACCCGCACAUCUCCGAGGAGGAGCGGCGCGGAUGUCACUACCACUGCCACUGCGAAGACCGCCGCUACCACCACCGCUACCACCACCGCAGCCGCACUGUUCGCCAACCCCUUCCCCUGCCUGAAGGAGGCCAUCAUGAAAACCGCCAAAUCGACGGCGUGCAGGAAGUACGCCAAAAUUGCGAGCAGCGGGCCCAAAAUAUGCACCCUCAACGGGUCGACGAGCGAACAGCGGAAGGGAGAGACACCAAGUGAGCUAAUCGUAGGAAAGCAUAAAAUUCAGCAGGGUAGUAGCCUACCCGGUGCGAAGAAUGUGAUGAACCCGAACGACGGAUUUGCCAAUGCGCAGGAUGGGGGAAAUGAAUCCAUCGGAGCCGCUAAAAAGGGGGAGAAGGCGCCCCCUAAAGGGUGCAACGGUGUGGAGGAGACGCUCCAUCCGCAGGCGGGCCACAAUCACCGCAGUGUGCACCCGGAGGGGAAACACGACGAUAGAGAAGUGAAGGAAGAGAGGAGGAAGCAAUGCGCCAGACAAGACGGGACCCACCACGGAAUGUGCGAAGAGUCCGGCAGAAAAACAUUCACCCUGUCUUUGCUAAAAAACCACCAGUGUAAAAAGAUAAAGCUGCCAUACUAUUGCAUAAAAAUUUUGCAAGGGCAUAAGGACGAGGUGUGGUACGUGAAUGUAUCGAAGAAUGGAAAGUACAUAGCAUCUGCAAGUAAGGACAAGAGCAUAAUUCUUUGGAAGGGUCUUUACCCAUUUAACAAGUUGAGAGAAUGGAAUGGGCACGUAGACGGGGUCAGUUACGUCAUCUGGAGCCACAACAGUAAGUACCUAGUGUCUGGUUCUAACGAUUCUAAUAUCAUCAUUUGGAGCCCAAAAAGUAAUAAAAAAAAAUUAAGUCUGACGAUGCAUAAUGGGCCCAUCACAUCCAUUUACUGGUCGAAGGAUGACUCUACGAUUAUAUCCUCUGCAUUUGAUAAAAAAAUAUUCUGCACCAAAUUGAACAAAGAAUUGAAGGGCUUUUCUGUCCUCUACGCCUGGUCCUUCAGCACGAGGAUACAAAAUUUCGUUUUUACAAACAAUGAAAAGUACCUCAUUGCAGUUCCUUCAGAUAAGAACGUACGCGUAAUCGAUUUUGCUAUAAAGAAGGAGCUAUACAUUUUGCCCGAAUAUGAUACCAUCACAUCUGUGUGUGCCUCCAGCUUGUAUAAUCACAUCUUGGUGAACAUAGCCGACCAGAGACCCACUGUGAAAUUGUGGGAUGUGAAACACAGGUAUAUCAUUCAGACGUAUCGGGGGCACAAGCAGGGGAGAUUCAUCGUGCACUCCACCUUCGGGGGGAAGAAAGAGGACUAUGUGAUUAGCGGGAGUGAGGAUAGCUUAAUUUACAUUUGGCAUAAAACCAAGGGGUUCCUUCUGGAUGUGAUAAAUGGCCACGCCUCCACCGUCAGCAUCGCCAUCUGGCCCCUCGCCUCCUCCAAGUUCCCCUACAUGGUCUCCGCCUCGGACGACCACACCGUCAUGGUUUGGAACGUCCACCCCAAGGCCACCACCAUCCGGCGCGACUCCCGCAGGCGCCGCAAGAAGUUCCUCCACCCCUUCCUGCGCGAGCUGACCAAGUUUCGCCCCGUCACGCGCUGA